AUGGCAAAAUUUCUACAAACAUUAAAACAGAUAUUUACUCGUACAUCCAGUGAACAAUUUGUUAAAUUAGUAGGAACAGAUCGAUUUCAAAAUAAAUUCUAUGAACGUCUUCCCGGUAAUCGAUAUUAUGAAUCAUCAGCUCGUCGAUACUAUGAACCUUCAGAUUAUUCAAAUGUUCGAUUACAUAUUGAUCCAGCUUGGGAAGCAUGGUUAAGAGGUACUCGAAAACGACCUCCAACACUUAAUGAAACAGUCAGUCACGAACAUCAACGACAACAAUUAGAAGACAAACCAAUUAAUAUGUUACCUACAAGUUACGGACGUGAUUCAGUACAAGGUGGAACAAAUUCCUAUCCAAUUCGAGAGAAUUAUGAAAUUGAUCCAGGUACUAAAUCAAAAGAAAAACAAAAUCCUGAUCAAAAAUAUUAA